AUGGAAUCAGAAACUCCCCCCCUUAAUACAGCAGCGGAUGAAGCUCGUCAGCGUGGCAACAAUCUGUACAAGCAGGGCAAGCUCAGGCGAGCUGAAACUGCCUAUUUGGAAGCUUCCCGCAUUGCCCCUGAUGAUGCGCGGCCAUUGUCGAAUUUAGCCGCUGUGUAUUAUGAGCUCGCCGAGUAUGCCAACUGUGCUGAUACCUGUAGAGCUUCGUUAUUGCUCCUCGGGAAAGAUGGCGGUGAAGCAUCCGCCGACAAGACCCGGAUCCGGCUCUUCAAGGCAUUGCUCUUCUCCCAGAAGACAGACGAAGCUAAUGAUGUUCUAUCCCAAAUAACUUCCGGGGAAGCACGUAAGACGCUCGAGUCGUUGCCGGCACGCGCCUCUAUCAGCCCACAGUCUCCAUCAAGCCUUCUGUCGACACGCAAGAAGUUGCUUGAUCGUGUUCCACGCUAUAGGACGGUCCUGUAUGUCAACUUGCCCGUGUUUUGA